CUCCAUUUUUUCCCUUCAUGCCUCUGCAGACUGAUCUUUGAACCUCAGAUCGAUCUGAUAGGUUCCCCGGAACACAUCAGAAGGGGGCUGCUACUCCCAAAAUAAGUUGAUCAGGCCGGACAAACACUGCAAAGCUUUCAAGGAACAACACGAUCUUUUUCUGCUCUGACUCUGCCAUGGAUUUGAUUCAGGACCGCGUACAAUCUCCACGGAUACCUUGAUUUUUGUGUUUCUUUGCUGAAGGAAAUAACACUUAAAACCUAGAUAUGUUUAACUUAAGAUCUUUUAUUACGUGCGUUUUUGUUUUUAUUUCAAAGUCUGAGAGUAUAAAUGUGAUUGACCGGGAUGCAGAGGGGUUUCUAGAGACCUUUUUACGCUUUUAUGGUGAAAAUAAAUCCAUCUCAACAGAGAAUCUGGAUAAUUUACUGCUGUUAAUCUCAGCCAGAAGAUCCGAGAUAAUAACUGAUGAAAAUCCACUGGCAAACCAAGGGUGUCCCUCUGUAGAGCAGAUCUUGUCCCACUUUGGGUUCAGUAAUGUCACUCAGCUGACUGUGGAACAUCUGGAGAGGAUCUGUCCCGCUGUGUUGACCCAGGUGCUGCUGCCCUCCUGCCCCUUCACCUCCCCCAAACCUCUGCCUUCUCUUGACUACACUGUGUGGGGUUAUGGGUUUCUGGCUGUCACUGUGAUCAACCUGUCGUCUCUGCUUGGUCUCCUACUGGUCCCCUUCACCAAGAAGUCUUAUUUCCCCAAAGUGCUAACUUACUUCAUUGGCCUGGCCAUUGGGACACUCUUCUCCAAUGCUGUACUUCAGCUCAUACCAGAGGCCCUGGGUUUUGAUCCCAAAUUGGAUAACUAUGUGGCAAAUUCAGUUGGAAUAUUUGGAGGGUUUUAUAUCCUAUUCUUCGUGGAGAAGAUACUUAAACUGGCUCUCGGGAUAGAGCAUGAGCAUGGCCACAGCCACUUCACUCCUGCAGAGCCGCAUCAAGAAAAUUCCCUCCACAACGGAAACAUACUGGAAAAAAAAGACUCCAUCAUUUUGACAAGCAUCAACACCAUUGCAGCAGAUAUCAGCAACCCAAACCCAGAACCUCCACAUACAAAUGUGACACCUUCUCAGGAUGCCCAGGUAUCUGGUAUGAUGUGCCACUGGCUCCGUGGGCAACGCAUCUCCAACAUCAAGACAGUGGCGUGGAUGAUAACUCUGAGCGACGCACUGCACAACUUCAUUGAUGGUCUAGCUAUCGGUGCCUCAUUCACUGUGUCGGUAUUGGCGGGGUUCAGCACGUCCACCGCCAUUGUAUGUGAGGAGUUUCCCCAUGAGCUAGGUGACUUCGUUAUCCUGCUGAAUGCUGGUAUGAGCGUCCCUCAAGCCAUUUUCUUCAACCUGCUGUCAUCAGUGUCAUGUUACGUCGGUCUUGUGUUUGGCAUACUGCUCGGUAGCAAUUUUGCCCCCAACGCAAUCUUUGCCAUCGCAGGAGGAAUGUUCCUGUACAUUGCACUGGCAGACAUGUUUCCAGAGAUGGACGGCAUAGUACGGGAACAGAAGCGGACCUCCACCAAGAUCAUCUUCUUCCUGAUCCAGAACGCAGGGCUGCUCACCGGGUUCACUAUUAUACUGCUGAUCACCAUGUUUGCAGGGGAGAUCAACCUGGGCUAGAGGGGAGGAGGGAAAGAGGAACACAAACUAGAUAGAAAAAAUACAUAAAUAAAGGAGCUGCUUUCGUUUAUGCUUACUCGGCUGGGCAGGAAAGUGAAUGUUUUGUACAAACAAAACCAAACCUUUAAUGAAAAAAAUAAUGCUUUUAUAUCUUUUGACUGACUAUCACUUUAGUGGAAUGUUUACUCUGUAUAAAAAGGGAAAAUCGUAACAAUCAUUUGAUGUAUGAACUCUAGUCAAAUUUGUUUUUGAGCAGACAAUAAAUUAUUUUUUCAGUCUUCA